CACACAUCUUCACAUUCAUAUUAUUUUUUUCAUUCAUAAAUAUUUAGAACUCCGCAAGUCCGCACCCUGCUGGCGGACGGACAAGCAAUAAAUCUGUCGAACCCAAGCUUCAUUCAUAUCGAACAGUCUAAUUUUGUAUCGCGGUAGUUCAAGUUUCCCGAUGCUCGGUCAGAUAGAGAAUCGGCAUCUGUAGUGUCAUUUUGUUAACUAGCAGAAUUGGCUGUAAAAUCCUGGAUCAUCUUCCACGGCCACCACCCGGAUUGCCAAUAGUUGCGCCAUGGCGUCACCUUUUCGCUACACGCAUGCAAUCACCUGCAGAAUUCCCCUCUCGUUGCGUACCCGAGGUGAAAUUGAUCUAGAAGAGGCGAAGCUACAGCACGAGGCGUAUGUGAGACUGUUGCGUGACUUAGGCUUGGAUGUGUUGGAGCUCCCACCAGACGAGAAUUUGCCCGAGUGUCCCUUCGUAGAGGACUGUGCGGUGGUGUGCAAUGGGAUCGCUCUUAUCUGCCGGCCGGGCGAACCCAAUCGGCUGAAGGAGGUCGAUGCCGUUCGUUCGGUGCUUCGCAAAGAAUUAGAUCUGCCCCUGGCGGAAAUUGCGGACCAAAAUGCACGCCUGGAUGGGGGUGAUGUUCUGUUCACCGGUCGAGAGUUCUUCGUUGGGCUCAGCAAGUGGACCAACGAAGCAGGAGCGAGGGCAGUCGCUUCCGCCUUCCCCGAAUAUCCGUGUGUUCCUAUUAAGGUGACGGAACAUCGCCAUCUUAAGUACUACGUCUCGAUGGCCGGAACGGACGUACUGUGUGUAAGCAAGAGCAAAGAAUCCCAGGAGAUACUGAAACGAAUAGAGCGGGAAGCUACCUACACCUACAGCACCCUGACGCUGCAGGAGGAACAGGCCGCCAACGUGCUGUACGUCAACGGGACGCUGAUCCACCGGCUUGGUGAAGAGAUUCCACAAUCGGCAACGAUACUGUCGCAAAAGCUCGACAUUCCAAGACAGACCGUUCCAAUGUCCGAACUUGGUAAGUUCUCGAACGGCCUAACCGCGUGCUGUAUCCUGGUGAAACGAUCCCGGCUCGUCAAAAGUCUGUAAGGUUUCGGCCGGGGAAACAAGUUGAAACGAAGUUUAUUUUUCUAUUUGACAAUAUUUUGUAUUACCUAAUACCGCGAAAGUAUAUUUAACUAUUUAUUUUGUUCUUAUUUUCGCCGACACGCUAAGCCGUGUGCUUUGUUAUACUCACUUUUUACAUGCUGAGUAGAAAAUAAUGUAAUAUUUGUUUACCCUUUCCUAAAGUGCAUUUUCGUAAUAGGCCAAGUGUAUCUUUAAAAAUGUAUCUAUUCGAUUAGUAGGACAAACUUUAUAGCUUACAAAAUUUAAAACAAAAAUCUUCCUGAACUAACACGGAACUGCUUAGAUUAUUAUAAAUAGUGCGUUGUUAUUUUUUACUUUAUAGUUCUGCAGUAACUUAAAAUAACGAAAGUCGGUUGUGACUAAAUUGGUGUUGAAACGUAAAAUCAUACCGACAUACAAAAAUCAUCAAUAGACCUCAUUACAAAUGGAAGAAACACAUCAGUAAAUGUGUUGAAUGCUCAAUACAAUAAAUCCACGAAUCUCUCUGUUUGAAAUAUUCUAAAAAGUUAACAGUAAAAAUUCUUAGGCUACCAACGUUUACCCAAUACAUAUUUAUAUUAUAGGCUCCGUUGCUGGAGCUGUUGCCUCCUUAACGCAUGUUAGGAUAACCGAAUCAGUUGGUCAGGUCACCGAACAUCUCGGCGUAGCGUAUCAUAGUCUUAUUUACAUGUUUAAGUAAUUCAAACAGUCGCGUAGCUUACAGAAUAAAUUUAACAAAUAAAAUCUUUCUAGUUCGAUA